AUGUAAUAACAUUGUAAUUUGAUUCUCAACGAUCGAGGAGCUUUAUGGUUAGGAGACUAUGAAUCUGCACUCAACUUAGUAUUAAAAAUAUUUAUCGUUAAGGAGUUCCUUAAAAGUAAAGGGAUAAGGACAGUCAUAACAGUGGCUGCAGGAUUGAACUUAAAAUUUGAAGGGAUAGUUCAUCACAAAAUAGAAAUAUUGGAUAUUGAAUUAACCAACAUAUCGUAAUACUUUCAAAUUGCCAAUGAUUGGAUAGAAAGAGGAUUUAACAUAGGUGGUGUCUUAGGUAGCAUCAAUUUAUUAUAAGAAGCGAAGUUCAUUGCAUGGCAGGUGUUUCCCGCUCUGCAGCCAUAGUAAUUGCCUAUUUAAUAGAGAAGAAGAAGAUGACUUAUUAUUAGGCCUUGAAUUUUGUUAAAUCUAAACGACCUCAAAUUAAUCCUAACAAAGGAUUUACCAAUUAAUUAAUGUCCUACGCUACCAGAACAUCCUAGCCUCCAAUCCCAAAAUCGUCAAGAGCCAAUCAUUUUCAACAGACAUAUGAUUAGUUUGAAAGCAAUUAUUAUGCCCCAGUUAAUCGUAAAAAUUCGGCUGGGCUUAUUUAAUAAAAUACAAAUUUCUAUAAAUCUAUCACUAAGUCAAUGUCAUAAAGUAAAAGUAAAAAUAAAUGA